AUGCCUGGCACGGAACGGGCAUCCCCGCCGAGGCAGGGGACAGGAGCGGUCGCUGCUUCGGGGCACAGCCCGGGAGGGCCCAGGGAGCAGAGAACCUUUCCAUUCCCCUCUAGGGUUUGCUUUUUCUUGCCUUUGCAGAAACACAAUUUCCCCAUCAACUACACCGUGAACGUCCAUUUCCAGGAGGUUCUGAGGCCGGCCAAUAUUACCAGCCUGCGGGUCCAGCGCGUGGGGGAGCCGUCCCUGCGCUUCCUGUGGGUCAGCGUCAACGUCCAGGUGCUGAAGAAGGUCUUGGCCGUGCUGCCGGAGAAGCACCCG